UGUGUGACACUGAAUCAACUUGGGAGAUGGAUUUUGACAUUUUAUGCUAUAUUGUGCUGUUCUGUGGCUUGGGUUUGGCCCGCAGUGAUAAUAAUGCUACAGAAACAAAGUCAUGCAAUCCUGACAUGUGCAAAUUCUUGGUAGACUUCGGGGCCAUAACAGAAAAAGUGAACUCUAUGGAAACCAGGCUGGAGCACAGUGAAACUACGCUGAAGGAUAGUGAAACCAGGUUGAAGGACACUGAAAUGAGCCUAAAGGAGACUAUAACCCAGCUGAAAGACACUGAAUCUAGGCUUAAGGACAGUGAGACAAAGCUGAACCACACUGCAAACAGGCUGAAGGAGAGUGAAAACCAGAUUUUGGAACUGCAACACAAAGAAAGAACCAAGAUAAUAUUCAGUGCAACAUUAGGAAGCAGUGGACAUAUUGGACCUUUCAACACAGACAUAAUCUUAGUCUACAAGGGCGUAAUUACAAAUAUUGGCAAUGCCUACAGUCCAGUAACAGGUGUCUUUACAGCACCCAUUGCAGGUGUUUAUUACUUUAUCAUCUUCUGUCAUGCUAGAGGAGAUCGUUCUCAACGGCUGUAUCUGUACAAGAACAAUGAGGUGAUGGUCAUGACAAAUGAUCAUGCGAUUGAUAUUGACACUAGCAGGGAAACUGAUAACGGAGGAAACGCGGUGUUCCUGCAGCUGCAGCAAGGAGACAAAGUUUAUGUGGUCCUGGAAGAAGAAACACAUGUUUGGGGAGGCGAAAGUCAAACAACCUUUAGUGGUUUUUUGGUCACACAAAUGUGAGAAAUGGCAAAUAUGCUUUUGCUUAAGAUGGCCUCGGUGCAGUUCUCACAUCAGGGACAUCAUUCUCACCACUCAAGAUACAAUUCUCAAAGUAGUUAAGGCAUUUUUCAUAGACUCACCUGUGUAAAACACACUGAAACAAUCCAAACUUUUUUCACAUGUCAAAAAAAUGUGAAUCAAAUCAAUCACUUCAGCUCUGUGAUCAGUGAAUUAAUUAAGAGCAUCCAAUACUGUAAAUGCUAUUUGUGAAGAAGAAAUGAAGAAGUACACUCUUGUAAGAAGUAAGUAUGUAAGUAUUCACUGCCUGAAUCACAGUGUGGGUGAAACGUAACGUAGAAAAAUACAAACUAAAAACACAGAGCAUCAGCUGUAUAUUAUCAUGACAGUAUUUUAAAAUGCAAUUUCCUAAUAACAUGACAAAUCUUUAUAACUCAAAAACAGUGGUGCAUAGUCCCAGACAGAGAUUGUGCACCACUUCUUCUGUGUGUCUGAUAGGUGACCAUGUGACCAGCUCAUGGAAUCUUUAUCAGUUGUUAUCAGUCCUAAACACAUCAUUAGUAGGUGGCCUCCUCUGAACAUCAGUUGGAGUGAAAGGAAGUAAAUAACCCCAGGUUAAACUACUAACAGAACCUGAACCUUUUUGUGUUGUUUUUCAGGUCUGUUCUAUUUAAUAGCCUAGAGCAGCGGUGCCCUACCUUAUUUGUGCCACGGACCAGUAUUUCACACCCAAGCCUCAACUCUUGCGGCCCGGUACCAAACGACUCACGGACCGGUACCACUCCAUGGCCUGGCGGUUGGGGACCGCUGGCCUAGAGCACAUUUAAAAACCAGAAGUUGACCCAAGGUGCUUUAGAGACAGGCACAUUUACUUUCCAGGCCUCUAAAAACACCCCAAAUUCGAAAUUCAUGACAAGCUGAAAGGUGUGUUUUGUUGUAUAAACUAAAUGUUAUGGAAAGUAAAAGUCAGAGUGACUUAGUGGUCAUUAAAAUGUAUACACACACUGCUGUCCUCUACAUAAGCUGCCUUUAUAGUUAACCUAUAUAUAAGUAUUGCUACUAUCGGUAACAGUGGCCCUGUAUUUACUUGAUAUCAGAUUGAUACCAAAAUUUGCAGUAUCAUACAGCACCAUUAACAGAUGGUUUUCAAAAAAACAAGUGCAAAUCCUAUAAAAGUACAUUUUAUAUGUUCUCUGAAACAUUAAUUAAGGAUUAAUCAUCCAUUUUUCAAUGUAUUGAUGGCCAUUUAUCCAUUCUAUUUUUCUGCAGUUGGAAAAUUGCUAUAGACAUUUAUCGGGAAUGACUAUUCAUUGUAAUUGUCUUUAAUUUUUGAUCUUUUUCAAAACUUACCAUACUCUAAAGGAGUUGUCCCCAACCCCCGGGCCACGGACCAGUACCAAUCUGUGAGUCGUUUGGUUCUGGGCUGCGAGAGUUGAGGCUCGGGAGGAAAUUUAUGGUUUUCAG